GUUAAGUUUUAUUACUUUUAUAUCCCAUAAUCUGCUACAACUGUACGAUUUCCAUGUGUGCUUGUAUUUGUAAAAGUAUGAUUGUUCUGACAGACUGAAGUCGGUGUCUUUUUUCUUUGCAGGACAGACCUGUAGCUUCAGAUAAAGAAACCUGACUGCAGACAAACUGAGGAUGAGUCGUCGAUCGCGAGCCUCCAGGCUGCAGCAGCAUCUCCACUGUGAUUCCUGCUACAGUCGGCGCUGCAGGACCCGGGUGGAGGUUGAUGUGAGCUGUGCGGUGGUCCCCUGCAAUUUGCUAUGUGGUGCUGUUUUCCACCUGUGCAAAGAGGAGGACCACCUGCUGCUCUGCCCCAACGUGAGGGUGCCCUGCAUCAAUGCAGUGUACGGCUGCACGGUGCAGCUGCCCCGCUCCUCUCGGGCAGCUCACCUCCAGGUGUGUCCGGCCAGCGUGGUGUGCUGCUCCAUGGAGUGGAACCGCUGGCCUGCAAACGAUGCCUGCUCUCAUCCCAACACAGAGCUGUAUGAGAACCUGCUCGGUGAGCAAGAGCAGGGAGGAUGUCUGGACUUGGCCCUGGCCCUGAAGGACCAGGAGAGCCUGUUUCACUCCAUGAAGAUGAAGAAGCUCUUCCCAGAGCACAUCCAGACAGUAGAGGAGGAGGAAAGAGAAGAGAAACUGAGAGAAGAGGAGAGAAGGAAGGAAAAGGAGAUGAAAAAAAAGACCAUGAUGGAGAAGGAGGCGGCAGAGAGGGCAGCUGCAAAAGAAGUCAGCGAAAAUCUCUGGCGGUCAAUAAACAUGUUUAACCUCCCCGAUGAGAAGAAAGAAGAGAGUGAAAGUGAGGAUGAGUUUGAGAGUCAGCCAGCCCUGACUCAGGAGGAGAGGGAGGCUCUCGCCAGGUCCUCCAGAGUAGAUGCUGAUCUGUUGGAAAACUACAAUGCCUGGGAACGAAUGUUUAGCAUGGAGAUGGGUGGCUGCAGAGAAGCUGAAGCAGGCAAAGGUCAAGCUCAAGGCAAAGGGAGGGGCCUGGGGACUCUGACUGAGGAGGAUCCAGUGGAUAACUGUGCAGGUGCAGCAGCAUCCAGCAGCUGCACACAGACAAAAGGUGCACAAUCUGGUCCUUCUGCUUCCUCCUCUGGCCUCACUCGACAGCCUAAAAUGAAGAAGUUUGUGUACGGGCGCCUAGAGCCGAUGAAAAUCAUCACAGUACGCACUUUUAAAAUCCCGACCAGCUUCACAGCAAGGCAAGGCCGCAUCCGCAACCCUGGUUUCUACAAGAGAGAAAGUAAAAGUGUGGAUACCAGCGACCUGGGGGUGGCGCUGCAGGACAUGCCGCUGUGGGAGGAAGUUCAGGCCUCCCUGCUUUGCUCUUUGGAGAGGGAGCGCAGGGGUCACCUCAUCGCUGAGACCUCAAGCUCCGACAGUCUGCUGACAGAUGAGGGCACGCAGACUUACAACUUCCUGUCUGCUCCCUUCCGAAGAAGCACAUCGCUGGCUGACCUAACAACCGGGAAACCUCUGGAGCUGCACCUUCAGCUCCAGGCGGAGAGCGUCACCAGCCGGCACAAUAAGGCCAGCUCUGCCUUCACUUUCAUCUGUGGACACACUUUCCAGCGCAGAGAAUAUGGCAAACAUUAUAAGAAUGCCCACAGUGACAUCCAGAUGGGUGUGAAUGGUUGGUUCCAACAGAGAUGUCCUCUGGCAUAUCUGGGAUGCACCUACAAGCAGAGCAGGUUUCAGCCCUCCACACAUGAUGCCACCAUCAACUACAAUGAGGAACUGGGCUGUUUCAGCCUACAUCCCAAUAUCCAUUCCUCUCUGACCAGUCCCUCCUCCCAGGCAUCCCGCAGUACUGUGGACUCCUCUAAAGCUCAGAAGAAGAACAAGAGUUUAUGUCAUGAUGAAGGAGGAGAAGACUUUCUGAGCUCAUUGCCCUAUGAGGUUCUGGUCCACGUGGCCAGUUUCCUGGACAGUUUGACCCUAUCCCAGUUUUCUCUGGUGUCCCGGCUCAUGAGGCAGGUGUGCUCCUCUCUGCUGCAAGACCGAGGGAUGGUCACCCUCCGCUGGGAGAAGAUGGCCUCCUUACAGGGGAGAACCAUGUGGAGGGUGGCCCAGAAGGUCUGGCAGUUCAGCACCAUGUUCUCCCCCAUCGACUCCUGGUCGUUCCGAGAUAUUCCAUCCAUCUCUGAGCAUCUUAAGGACUGCCCCUAUAACGAGAAAGAGUACAAAACAGAGAAGAUUUGUUUGCCACGUGCCAGAGAAGAAAUCAGAACGAACAAGAGCUGCGAGGGUCCCACACUGGUCUCUUUGUUCCAGCAGAAGAUCAUGAUGUAGGAGAGCCAGGGUUAGAAAUAAGGCAGCGGUGAACAUUCGUCACUGUUUCCUGUUUAUUUUUUCCAACUCCUGUGAAAUAAAUCAAACCUUAAAAAUUGUUUAGAAUGAUCUCUUAAUAGCACUUUAGAAAUGUUGUUUUCAAUCUCAGAAUAUUUUUAAAUAAGUCCCUGAUAUUGCCUAAAAUAAAGUUUAUAAGUGC